AUGGACGAUAGUGUGGGGGCUUUACGUGCUAACGGCAAGUCUGGAGGUCGCAUGGUUUACCUGUCCUCAAAAUCACCAUCUGUGCCUAAUUUGAAUGGAGCGUUCCGUGGUGACUUUAGAGCACGUUUGUCUCCUGAAAGACCGCAAAGUCAUUUAUCUCCAGCGCCAGUUUCGGAAGAUCCAACCAACGCAAGCCUGAUCGAUCUAUAUGGUGACGAUGACGACGACGAAGACGACGACCAGGAUGAUGACGAAAACGAGAGUGCUGAAGUGGCACAAGAUAGGCACACAAACCCUGGAAUUGAGACCACUCCGAAACAAUCGCCUUCUGUGACCAUUCGAGUCCAAAAUUCCAGUGACGAGGUAAAUAGGGAUCAGGUCGACAAAGACCUUUCGCAAUAUGAUCGCUAUGGGUUCAAGAAACAAAAUGCGUAUAUUACACAGGAGCAAUAUCACGAAUGGUGGGAAGAAUACUCUCGCUAUUGUAUUCGCAGAAAACGCAAAUGGCAAGAUCUACUGGCCAAAAGUGGUUUGGCGACGUCAAACAACGAUGUUCCAGACAGGUUUCCGCCCAGAAGCGAGAAAUUGAAGCGAUAUGUACGUAAAGGCAUUCCUGCAGAAUGGAGGGGACAGGCCUGGUGGCAGUUUGCACGCGGCCAGGAAAAACUGAACAAAAAUAAGGGCGUUUAUGACAAACUUUUGGCUGGCGUCAAUGCUCGAAAUGAUAAAGUCUCUAGUAGAGACCUCGAAGUAAUCGAACGAGAUCUGCAUAGAACAUUUCCUGAAAACAUACAUUUUCAAAAGCAACCUAAUGACAUUGAAGAACCGCUGAUGAUCCAAUCGUUGCGUCGGGUGCUGCUGGCAUUCUCUGAUUACAAUCCGAAGAUUGGUUAUUGUCAGUCAAUGAAUUUUCUGGCUGGUUUACUUUUAUUGUUCCUCGAUGAAGAGCGAACAUUUUGGAUGCUCGUCAUUAUCACAUCACGGUAUCUACCAGGCGUACACAACAUCAAUUUGGAAGGUGUUAAUAUUGAUCAAGGCGUUCUGAUGCUUUGCGUUAAAGAAUACCUGCCGGACUUUUGGCAGCGAAUCGUAACAAAAGAACAAAGUCGAAACAAUGAAUUCCUUUACAAGUUACCGCCGGUUACCUUAUGCACGGCAGGCUGGUUUAUGAGCUGCUUCGUAGGUGUGGUGCCAAUCGAGACCACAUUGAGAAUUUGGGACUGCUUAUUCUACGAAGAGUCACACGUAUUAUUCAAAACGUCUCUGUUCAUUUUGAGGAUUUGUGAUCAAGAGGUUACUGCUGCUCGUCGAAUGAUGCGCAAUAAAAAUCCCAGCAAAGAUGAUAGCGAUAUCGAGAUGUUUCAAGCUAUACAAAGUGUCCCAAAAAAACUCCUUGAUCCACAGAUUAUCUUCGAGCGCGUUAUUUUCAAGAGGCGAAAUUCACUGAAUGAUCUUAGUCAAGAUGAAAUCGAUAGAUGCCGUAGGUAUGUCUCGGCGCAACGGCUAAAGUUUAAAAAUUACGCUGACAUUAUGGGUGACAGAACUGCCACAAAAGAUAACACAAAGAGGGACAAUUCCAUGGGAUCAGACUUUGUCGAUAACGCAUUAUCUUCCGAAGUGUACGGCUUUAGGCGGAGCCUUACAGCUGCACACUGGAAUAACAGCAUAAAGGAAAAGGUCCGGCAAAUCCGAAGAAAGUGA